AUGUCAAUUGUUAAGCUUGCCUCUGGCCAUGGAAUGCCCCUCGUGGGUUUUGGUCUCUGGAAAGUUCCCAGAGAGACUGCUGCGGAUACUGCCAUCAAAGCGGGUUACAGACUCUUCGACGGCGCAUACGACUACCAAAACGAGAAGGAAGCAGGCGAGGGUAUCCAACGUGCGAUCAAGGAGGGUCUUGUAAAGCGCGAUGACAUCUUCGUCACCACAAAGCUUUGGAACAACUGUACGUCACCGAAGUAA